CAGGACCCAAGUCGAAAACGCUGCCGGUUUGCAAACACCCACCUAAGAGACGUCAUGGUAGGCCACAUUCGAGGGUCAACUCCUCCUGCACCGAGAUCGCGUCGCAAAUGAAUCCCCCGACAACCGAAGCUUACGAAGAACUAACGUGCGUGACCGGGAAGCAAUGGCUUCAUCUAAGCCCCGGCAUGCCUUUCGACGAUGGAGCCCUCUACUCUUGAUCCUCGUUUCGCUGCUCAAUCUCCCACGUGUGUGGACAGCACCUCCAUCGCACCAGGCUCCCCUCUCGCCUCCCAGCACAAUCGACGACGAACAUCUUGGGCCUAGCGAAGCCCAUCUCCAAGAAAUCGCCUCCCUUCUAGAUGAAAUAUAUACCAUCCUCGCAAACUUCACGUUCAUCCCCCAUACAUCCAUCAAACGCGGUCCCCACGCUAUCAACUCCACCCACAUCAAGCCAAUCACACGCCCCCUCCCCAGAUGCAAGAUGCUAGACUCCAGUGGCAUCAACCAUCCCGACUGCACUUCUCAUAUACCCCGGGAUCCAUCAGUGCAGCGGCUCAUGGAACUCAUGCCGUACGUCGACAAGCUGGAGGUCGAUGACGCACACUGGCUAUUUGGUUCUAAGUUCGUCGACUACAGGCAAGAGGAGGAGUUGCAGGAUGAGCCGGUGGAUGUCCUACAUAUGAUGCCGAGCAACCUAGCGUUGACAAAGAUGGCGGAUGGGCCGUAUGUGCUACUACAUGAGACGCGGACGAAAAGAAUAGGCCUUCUAGAUACAAAGAAACGGGUGCCGGUGAAUCUGGAUGAGGACCCUCUCGACCACAAGGAGCAGCUUCCCUCAUUUGAUGCGCCAGAUUUUCUGAGGGAGAUUGUAAGACGCUAUCGCGUGUUGGAGUGGAUACCAUGGGAGACGGCGCGCGGUGGACACGACGAUGGCGUACCUGGCGAUAAGAUCCGGGAGUUCAUUGAGAAGAAUGGCUGGCCGGAUCAUUUUGACGCGGACCAAUUCAAUGUCGACAUGACCCGCUUUCGGCACAAUCCUUCCAACGAGUGGUCAAUAAACCGACUCCCAAUCCACGGUAUGGCAGAGCAGGCAGUCCUGCGCAUCGAUGAGCUUGAAGGCCGGCCCGGAGAAACCGGCCAAAUACCCUACACUCAGCAAGAACUCGCCCUUAUACGGGAGAAGUUAAACGAAGCCGGCGACGAGAACGAGACAUGGCUGCUGGGCUGGGAGCUCCAAGACGCAGAACUAUGCCUGGGGCACUACGAACAGGACCUACGAUCAGCGAAAUGGACCGUCCAACGAUGGUGUCCGGACAGCGUGUGCGUCAAACCCGAUGACUACAUACUAUGGGAGUACCGCAGUUUAGAAAGAGCAGAGGACCUGGCAAGGCGGAGGCUAUUACAAGAGUGCCUGCAGCUCCAUCACGACAUAGCGGCCAAGAAAGGACAGCUGUGUUCCGAUGACGAAAAUGAAGCCAACAAGCGGCGUGGAAACGUUCAUAACUGGCAGCACAAACAGUGGGAGUGGAUAAAGGAAGCAGCCGCCCAGGCGCGAGGGGAUGCGCAUGAGCACUGCUCCAAGACCCGCCCCAGGGGCAGCCUACUCCCGGGAGACACCGACAUAGAUCGUGCGUGGCGUAAACGCACAGAGGCGGCGAGACACAUACACCGUGAGAAAGAGCGCCUAAAAAGCAUAGAGGAUUGGCUGAAAAAGGUACCGGUCUCUGCUACGAGAGCUCGAGAGGAACUCGAGAGGGAAGCGUCCAGGAUUGCGCUGGGGAUACGCUGGUGGGAAGAUAUGUAUCGGAAUACUGUCGCGUUUAUACGAAGUGAGAGAAAUGGAUUGACGGAAGCGUGGCUUGCCUUCCGGGGAGAGAGAGAUGAGUUGUGAGUUCCCCGGACGACAAUGCCAUGAAACCAUUUAGGGGGACUAGUCAGAAAAGGCCAGCGCCCCAGCCCACCACCUCCAGCAUAGUCGGAAGGCUUGUGGGCAACAUUCCGCCGCUGAGUUGUGGGAAUCUCACAUGGGAACCGUCCAAUGAGAAAAGAUAUGGGCAUAGCGAGAUAGGACGUAGCGUAUCCCGAAGACAUAGGUACAUGC